AUGAAGAUGCGUGGACGGCUGUUGAAACCGGAUGGAGCGCACCUACUGCUUAGGAGGAUGGCUCACAGCAAAGCAGGUUGGGACAAGCUGAAACAAGCCUACGAGGGAACUUCAAAUGUUAAAAGAUCCAGAAUUGACAUGCUUGCAACUCGUUUUGAGACUCUACGGAUGGGGGAAUCUGAGACUAUUGAAGAGUUCAGUGGAAAACUCAGCUCAAUUGCCAAUGAAGCACAAAACAUGGGAAGAAAUACAAAGACAAGAAGCUGGUCAAGAAACUGUUGA